AUGUCUCAUGAGCAUGAUGACGAGGAGCAAUUCUAUGAAGAAUUGGAUCAAUAUAGGGAAAUAAUCGAAAGAGAUAAAGAUGGCGACACUAAUGAUGAGGAUGAUAAUCAAAGAAACAGCAGCGAGGAUGAGUUCAAUGAAGAUAAUUUUGACUUACUAGCGGAGUUUUCUGAUUACGGUGAAUUUUCUGAUGAUGACUACGACGAACAAGCGUUCAUGGAUGCUAUUAGAGAAGCUAAUAAUUUCAAGCGACGUAAGGGGAAGAAAAGUGCUGGAACAAAACAUGGACCAGUGCCAAAGCAGAGGCGGGAGAGACCAUUAGACCCAGAAGUUGCUCAACUUCUAUCAGAGGCUAAUGAGGCAUAUGUUCGUAACGACAUUCAAGUUGCUGAACAGUUGUAUAAUAAGGUAAUCAAGGCGGAUGCAAAGAACUUCGCCGCCUACAAAACUUUAGGUGAUAUUUACCAUUUACAAGGAAGAUUUAAUGAUUGUUGUAACUCGUGGUUUUUGGCAGCACAUUUGAAUUCAACAGACUGGGAGUUUUGGAAGAUGGUUGCAGAACUUUCUGCAGAAUUGGCACAUGUGAGACAGGCAAUUUACUGCUAUACGAGAGCGAUCCGGAUAAAUAAUGAGGAAUGGGAGUGUAUAUAUAAUCGAGCCCUCUUGUACAAAGAGAUUGGGCAACUAGGACGAGCAUUCGAUGGGUUUCAGAAACUCUAUGCUUACGACCCUCUUGAUGCCAACAUAUUAAGGGAAUUGGCUGUGAUUUAUGUGGAAUAUAAUAGAGUGAGUGAAGCUAUUGAAUUAUACAUGAAAGUUUUUGGCGAUAAUGUGACAAGAAGAAAUGCUUUUAUUCUUGCAUCUGAAGACGCUAUUGAUUCUGAAAAUGAGUCAGAAGAGGAAACUGAAGAGGGCGAUGAAGAUCUAAACUUAACUCAGGAAGAGUUAGAUAUGUACCCCAACGUGUCUGUCAAAAAAAUCGCAAAAAAACACAGAUGUAUCCCAUUCGAUUGGUCGUCUUUGAAUAUACUUGCAGAGUUGUUCAUCAAACAAAAUGGUGAACUUCACGGAAUCAAAACAAUAAAAAAGUGUGCCAGAUGGAUACAAUACAGAGAAACUCAGACAUUUUGGGAGGAUGUUUAUGAUGAUUCGGAGUUUGACAACAGAAGGUUCAGAAAUGCCAAAUUUCAAUCCCUUACUGAAAGGGAAAAAUCCAAGAGCUACUCUUUACCGAUAGAUAUUCGAGUCAGACUUGGGUUACUUAGACUUAAUAACAAGAAUGUGUCAGAGGCAAUGCAGCAGUUCCAAUUUUUGUAUGAAGAAAAAUUUGAUGAAAUUGCUGAUCUCUAUUUUGAAGUAGGGGUUCAGUUAUGUAAACUUGAUAGAUAUCAAGAGGCUAUUGAUUUUCUAGCUCCGCUAAGCCAGCUCGACGAAUAUGAUACGAUUGAGUUGUACAGGCCGUUGAGUAAAUGCUUUAGAGAACUAGAUCAGUUAGAGAAUGCUAGAGAUGCUUUCGAAAAAUUAGUAGAAUUUGAUCCAUCUGAUCUAGAACAUAAAUUAAGUCUUGCUGAAGUUCAUCAUAGUCUCGGUAAUGAGGAUGAAUUCGAUAAGCUACUUCAUGAAGUUGUUGAAGAACGUAAAAAGCAAGCAAAAGAGACUGCACCAGAGGCACCAGAUGACACAUCUACGGGUAAAAAGGCCCGCCCAAGAUUAGCUAUUGCACCUUUGGAAGAAGAAUUGCCUUCGGAAGAGAUUAGAUCUGCCACAUUGGGGACUGGAAAACCAUUGCUAGAGGACCACAAUUAUAAGAAGGCUCCAAUCAAGAAGAAGAAGACAGCCGAGGAAAUAGAACGUGAAAAGAAAGAAAGGGAAAAGAAAAUACGAUCAAAUGUUUUGAACAAGUAUGGGCAGUUACAAAUAUAUAAAGAAGGUAUGGAAGUAGGUGAUGCGACGAAAACAACGCUAUGGAUAGAUACUGCGUCAGAUCUUAUUGAUAUAUUUUCAAGCAUCAAAAAUUUCUUUGUUAAAAGUCGUUCAAAGAAGUUUGUGGGGAUCAUAAAACGAUCAAGGAAGUUUAAUAAAGUUAUUGAUUACAGAAUUGAAAAGCUCUCUAAACUAUCACAAGGUGAAAAUUUGAUGGAUGGUCUUCCUUUGAUGGAGGAAAAAAUCACCACUUCCUCAACAACAGAACUAAGAGGUCUCACUUAUGACCAGUGGUUCGAACUAUUUAUGGAAUUGGCAUUAACCAUCGCAAGGUUACAAAGCGCGAAUGAUGCUUCGAGUAUUAUCGAAACUGCUAGUGAAGUGAAUGUGUUCUCACAGCACCCAGAGAGAGUUAAAAUGAUGAAAUUUGUUAAGCUGGCAAUAAUAUUACGACUUCAAGACGAACAAGAGAUUGUCGAGAACCUUCGUGGACUCUUGAAUCAGUUCCAGUUCAACAGAAAAAUAUUUCAGCUCUUCAUGUUCAGCGUUUCCGAGGGCCAAACUUCUCUUAAAAUUUUAAGCUCCACGGUGCAGCAGAAGUUCUUUCUUAGACAACUAAAAGCUUUCGAUAGUAUACGAUUUGGGCAGCAUGUUAAUGGCCAAGCCUCAAUCACAAAUAAAGUGAGCAACCCUGAAAGAAAAAUUUGCACUUACUUGAAUUACAUAUAUGCGAUGUUGCUAUAUUCAAGUAAAGGAUUUAUGCCUGCUUUACAAUACUUAAAAAGAAUUGAAUUGGAAGUCGGUGAUGAUCCGAUGUUGGAUUUGAUUAUUGGACUAUCUCAUUUACACCGAUCCAUGCAAAGGUUAACAGGAAACAGACAAUUCCAAAUUCUUCAAGGAUUAAAAUAUUUAUACCAGUAUCAUGAGCAACGCCUUAAGUAUUACUCUGACGUUGAAAGACAAGAGGCGGACUAUAAUAUUGGAAGAGCCUAUCAUCUUUUGGGUCUCUUUACGCCAGCUGUGAAAUACUAUAAUAAAGUCUUGAAUAUCUACGAUGACAUUAAGCUGAAACGACAUGCUGCAUACAAUUUAACCUUGAUAUACAAUGAAAGUGAGAAUUUCAAUUUAUCUAAUGAUUUGAUGGAGCGCUACCUUUCUAUAUAG